AUGACUCGUCGGAGGACGCACUACAUCAACUUCAUGGCAGACGGACACUCUCAUUUCCGGACGUCUGCCUCGGGAAAUAUCGAGAUCCCGUCAUCCUCCGGAGCCUCCCAGGUUCCGAAUACUGCGGCUGAGCAGUCUCCACCACCGCCUCCACCACCACCUCCACCACCGGCUCCUGAACCCCGCCCUCCUCAACCGUAUGCCCAAUUUACGAUUGAGGACUUACUAGCCCUACCAGGAUGGGGGGCUUUACGACGUCUGGUCCCCGGAAAAGCGGAACCAGGCUCUUAUUGGUUUGACUUGGAUAAUUGUGUCGGUCGGAGCGUUUCCGACACAAUUAAGAGCCAUUUCGUCGAGCCUCACUACAACUGGAGCAGGGUGUCGCAAGAGACGUUCGACACCUGGUACAAAUGCUUUGCGCAACGGUGGAACUGGGACAUCGGGAUCAACGAGACGGUCCGGGAAGCGUUCCGUCUGAAGGCGCAGAAACGCCUAGUCAACACCGUUUCCGAUUGGAAGCGGAAGUGGGAGACCGACGGCGACGACGCAAAGCCGAGCCCGAUGUCCACUUCCUGCUGGAACGGGUUGAAGGCAUAUUGGAUGAACCCGCAUGCCCAAGACGUAGCUGGUAAGUGUUCGGCCGUUCGAAACCGGGUCGGUCCUGACGGUCAGAAGUUAGUGACCCCGCACACUUCUGGCCAAAUAUCAUUUGCGGGUAGACGUCUAAUGAUGAGGAUCGCCGAGCGGGAAACCCAGGCAACACCUAACGGUACUAUCCAAGUACCUUUGACCGUCCUCGAGCAAGACCAGAUCUUCGAGGAGGUAUGA